CCAUCAGCUGACAUUGGGACGCGCCAAUCCAUCCUCUUUCAUUAUCUGGUUAGUUUGUAGAGUUUCUCAUAUACCAAUCCAUCCUCUUUCUAGCUUGGCAUUGUUCACUAGCACAUUGUUAUUCUUGAUCCAAGCUCGUCCUCUACCUCGAUCAUCUUGACUCUUGUCUUGUUCCUUUUAAAGGCUUGCUACCAGCCUAAUUCCCCAAGGUCAUGUACCCUCUUCUCGAGUGACGUAGUUUAUCUACAAGGGUUCCUUUAUCGUCAUAAUGUAAAUGACCAUGACUCCUCUCCGCCUUGACCUUUUGACUUUUUGACGUCCUUUCAUACCCCCUGCAACCUACUUAUUUCCUUCUUUGCUUCAUUUAUACUACCCUAGCUUUUCUUAAAGUCUAAGCUUGUCACUGUGUUGUAAUAACAUCGAGUCAUCGACGACUAAAACUAGUUGAAGGACUUCUUGUGGUACCUCUUGGUUUCUUGACUCGUUUCCUCCUCGCCACUACUUAAGGUCAAGGACAGUGAAAUCCUCCCAUCGUUAUAGCUACUAACAUCUAGUGAUUGUAGCUCUUCUUCGGAGAUUCAUAGUUCUCCUGUUUGUUUAUCUUAACCUAUUAGAUCGUUUGCUAGUGUUUAAGUAGAAAAUUCCUUAUAAUGCUCCUUCAACUCCAUCGAAUCCUCAUACUUAUACCUUGAUAUCCCUUCGCGAUUGGCACACUUUUUAUUAGGACUAAAGUUAUUUAUCUUAAUGCGAUUAGAGUAGACUGGAGAUUCUAUAGACUCUUAGAAAAUCAUUGACUCAUUUUCCUUUCCUUUAAAACAAAAGCCUUUAAAAACUAAGACCGAUAUUCCAGUAUUCCUUGGUGACCAAGGAACAGAGGAAGACCGGCUCUGAUACCAAAAUGUAACACUCUAACCCGAUCGGGUACUACUUUUACCAAUAUACCCUUGUUAAACUGAAAAUACUCAAGAACCAAAGUCGCUAAAAAAAGCGGGAAAUUUUUUCAUAAACAAAAAUACUGAAAUCACUUUCUUGUUGUUCAAAGCAAUGCCCUAACACAUGGGCAAACUCAAACCUUAAUCUCUAGUCUUGCUACUAAACAUAAAGUACAAUAACUAGAAGUCCCAGCGGAUGCUUGCUCCGAUCCGAUCGUUGACGUCCUCCAUGAUGCUCGUACCGUUCUCCUCCAAUUGGCUCCCCUCGAAACGUUUCUUUCACUCUUGAUGCUCGCUAACUACUCCUCUAGCUCUUUCUCUUCAAACUGGUGAGUGAGAUGGGGUCAGUCUACGCCCUUACGUUUUAAAAAUCUAGUACUUGAGUAUUUUACUUUAGAUACUUAACUUAAACUGGUGGGAGUUGUUUGUACUUCCACUCUUAAAACUCCUAACUCUUAAAACUGUAUGGGAGUUACUGUUACUCUCCAUUCUUAAAUCUCAGCGCUUGACUUAAAUACUUGAUCGACACGGGGAUCCCUCACUAGCUAGUCUGGUUGCCCAACUCAUACGUAUGAGAAGCCCUCCAGGCUUUCCUUAAACUUAAACUUAUCGUGGGAGGCUCUUCUUCCACGAUUCUCAAGAACAUAAUUGUUGCUGUAUAUGAAAAUCUCAAAUGGCAACGGACUGGUGCUAGCGACUAAAAACACUUAAAACGACUUCACCUUCUUGAAGGUGAGUUACUUCUUAAAAAUAACUUGUUUCUUAAACUUUAACAAUAACUUAUACUCAUAAAAUUUCAAAGUAAAUAAUAACCAUUCACUUCAAGUCAGAAUUCAAACAAGGCACAUAUCCUCAACCAUAAUCAUGCAAUCUCAAACAUGAAUCAAAUAAUGCACAUGCAUAACGUAAAUCAAUACUCGAAAAUACUCAAGAUAGAUACUUGAAAACCGUAAGGAGUAGAAUUUACCCCCUUUACACUCACCUGACUAGUGAAACUGAUUGGCUUGAACCCACAAGAACCCAGGCUUCUCGAUGUAUACUCUUGCACCCGCAACCGUCAUACUACUUGUCCUCGGCUGCUGCUAUUCUAAAUCUCCACCUUAGUCCAUUUAUUUCUUUCCAUCAGUUGUGGGAGGUGAGAAUUUGAUCAGUACUCCAAUUAAGCAACCAUCCAAAAUCCACACAAUUAAGCUAGUCUCACUACUGGUCCACCCCCCUCUCUCUAGUGUACCAUAAUGACCCGUAGGGACUACCAUCAACUAUAAUCAAUGAGUCCGCCUGUCCUUUACCUAUCCCUUUAUUUUCCCGGCAUCAACCCCUGCCCUUCUUUUCCACCGAUCAAUCCCUUCCUGGAGCGCAUUUGGCAAUGGCUUCUGGUGGGACGGUGAUGGUGACGAGGACAAGGAAUAGCGGGUUGGUUUUCUUGGUGGAGAAGCAUUUCUGGCGCAGAACUCCUUUUACGGGACUGAGAGGAGGAGGGAUUUGGACGAGCCGAGAGCGGCGGUUUGUGAUCGGGAGGGAAAGGCCUGGGAUUGGGAUUUGACUACUAGCGGAAAUUGAGAUGGAGAAGUGUGGGCGGUGAGUUUUAGGGUUUUGCUAUUAUUAGUUUAUAUACUAAUUACCAAAACGUGCAAUGUGUAAGAGGUUAGUUUAGGUAUUAGUCCUUAACUUGGUCCGCUUCGAUUUAGGUUUUUCGUUCAUAACCGUUGAUCCAACCAUUUGUUUAUUAAUGUCGACCCUGAACCCAAAUGUCGGGAUGUAACAAAGUUCAUCCCCAAAUUUUAUUUUUGAUGGAAACUAAAUUAACAAAAUGUGAAUGGAAGAAAUUGCAGCGACGAUUGCGGUAACAAAAUGGCAUUGGGACGGCGGCAAGAAACACGGCUGGGGGUUUAGCUCUAUUUUGGGAUGCUGGUGUGGAUUUCACACUUAACACGAUGUCACUAAAUCGUAUUGAUGGUGUCAUCAAGAGAGAGGAAGAUAAUCUUAUAUGGCGGCCAACUGGUUGCCAUGGAUGGCCGGAGGGAGAAAAUAAGCAAAAGUCAUGGGACCUCUUCAGACUACUCCAUAGGAGGAUGUCCUCUCCAUGGUUGGUUAUAGGUGACUUCAACCAAGUGCCAAUGGGAAGUGAGAAGAGAGGUUGAAGGAUGAAAGGGAUAUGCAAGCUUUUGUUGAUGCCUUAUUGGAUACGGGUUUGGAAGACUUGGAAUUUGAGGGCUAUCCCUUCACUUGGGACAAAGCUAGGGAAGGGUAUGCUCUCAUUGAAGAAAGGCUGGACCGGGCGGUUAGCACAGAGAAUGGGCUUAGGCCCACUCGGAUGUUAUGGUUUGCCAUUUGGGUUGGCCCGAUUCAGACCACAGAGCCGUAUGUCUCAACACAGAAGGGAAAGAAGGAGAGGAGGUACGGUGGGGAUGGAGAUUCAGAUACGAAAGUUUCCGUGCAAAAGAUGAGGAGGGCAAAGCAAGUGUGACUAAGGAGUGCAAAAAGAAUGGACCGCUGGAUAUGGGGGAUCGACUGCGCCUCUAUGAGCAGCGCUUGCACCAGUAGAGUAAAGAGAAAUUUGAUAAAUGGAAAGAAAGGUUGCGGGCGGUGGAGAAGGAAAUCUCAUAGGUAGAUAAGCGGUCGAAAGAUGCAGAAUGGGUAGCGGCGAGACGGAACCUUGAAGCGACAAGGGCAGAGAUCCUUAUGCAGGAGGGAAAACGAUGGCACCAGAGAUCAAGGAUCUUGUAUCUUCGAGCGGGCAACAAGAACACGGGAUGGUUCGAUAGAAGGGCCUCGGAAAGGAAGAGGAGAAACAUAAUCAGGAAAUUGGUCGAUGAUGAGGGUAGACUCUACUUGGGAAAAAGUGAGGUAAGCGACUGUCUCACAAGCUAUUAUUCUAGACUAUUUGAAAGCUAGGGGGAUACCGGUUGUGACAAGGUUACAACCACAAUACCAUGUAAAGUGACGAUGAAAAUGAAUGAGCAGUUGUGGCAGCCUUUCACAACAAGUGAGAUUGAAGUGGCCAUUCGAAAGAUGGGAUCCCUCAAGGCGCCAGGGGAGGACGGUUUCCCAACUUUGUUUUACAAGGAGCACUGGGACACAAUUAAAGAGUAGGUACCGAUGGAAUUGUUACACUACAUGGAAACUGGGAAGGUACCGCACAAGAUCAACAAAACCAUGAUAUGUCUUAUUCCAAAGGUCAAGAAACCGAGAGCGCCCAAAAAUUUACAUACCGAUCAACCUUUGCAAUAUUUUCUAUAAGCUGCUGUCCAAGGUCUUAUCCAACCGGCUCACAAUCCUUAACCAAAUCAUCUUAGAAAUUUCGUUCCUGGGAGAUCAAUCAAUGACAAUGCUCUGGCUACAUUCGAGUGGUUCCACUCUAUGAAAAAGAAGGCAGUACAGAUUAAAAGAGGUUUUCUUGCGGUCAAACUGGAUAUGGCAAAAGCGUAUGACAGGGUGGAGUGGCAUUUCCUGAGUAAGGUGAUGGAGAAAUUGGGAUUUGAGGAACAUUGGGUGAAUCUGAUAAUGGAAUGUGUCACCACUGUGACCUACUCUGUUUUGGUUAACGGACACCAAACGGAGACCAUAACCCCAACAAGAGGAUUACGCCAAGGGGAUCCCAUCUCCCCAUAUCUCUUUCUUCUGUGUGCGGAGGGAUUAUCCUCCAUGAUCCAUGAUGCUGAAAGAAAAGGGGCUUGGCACAGAAUAAAGGUGAGUCAGAGAGGACCCUCGAUUUCUCAUUUGCUAUUUGCCGAUGACUGCAUUUUCUUUGCUCGCGCUUGUCAUCGGGAAAGUGAGAAAAUCAAGCAAAUCGUACAUGAGUAUGAGCGAGAAUCGGGACAGAUGAUUAAUCUAAGUAAGUCAGAAUUUACUUUCAGCAAGAAUGUAAGUCUGGAGAAGAGGGCAGAAUCGCAAACCAGCUGGGGAUUCGAGAAGUUUUGAAGCACGAAAAAUAUUUGGGACUUCCUACGGCGGUGGAGUGGUCUAAGAAGAAGGUUUUUUGCAUAUAUUAAGGAGCAAAUAAGGGGUAAGAUCACAGGCUGGAAGGGCAGCACGAUCUUAAUGGUUGGGAAGGAUGUUCUGAUCAAGUCGGUGGAUCUAGCACAAGGUAACUUUGCCAUGUCUUUCUUUAAACUACCUUCAAAUCUUAUACAUGAAAUAAAUAGUGUGUUCUCCAAUUAUUGGUGGGGGAGACGAGGGAAAAAACAUGACUCAUUGCAAGAACUGGCGUUUCAUGUGCAAGGAUCGUAAUCAAGGGGGAAUGGGGCUUCGGGAGCUUGAGACCUUCAAUAAAGCUUUGGUGCAAAAUAGUUCAGGAAACUUCUUCAGGAACACAGCAGCACUGGAAACCACCAAGUCUGGGAGUGGUUAAGGUGAAUGUUGAUGCAGGUUGUAUGGGGGAUAAUGGGACAAGACUUAUGAUGGUUGUUCAUGAUUGGAGGGAUCAUUUUCAAUAUGCAGCAGUCAAGAGAGAGAGUGAGCAAGUAGCCCAACUAUAGCGGAAGGGAGGGUUGUCUUGUUUGCAGUCAUGAAGAUGGAAGAAAUGCAGUGGGGCCAUAUGAGGUUGAGUCGGAUUGUUUGACUCUAAUGAAUAAACUAAAGCAGAAAACGAUGGAUCUCUCAUAGCUCGGCACGAUUUGCCAGAUGAUUUUGCAGACACAGGGAGUGGAGGACUGCCGAGGAUGGAAGCAUGUCCCUCGGGAAGGAAAUUCAGUGGCACACAGAUUAACGCAUUAUCCGAUGAAUAUUAAUGAUUGUAAUAGUUGGAUAGGCCUUUCGCCCUCGUUCAUUUCGAACGAGAUGUACACAGACUCUAGCCAUUUGGCCUAAUUAAUAAAUUACAAGGGGUACGCUCCCUCCUUUCCCUAAAAAAAAUUACAUGUUUUUUAAGAAAAAGCUUUUUUCCAUAUGUAUCCCGUAGACGGGAGACAACUAAAUUACGAGAAAAAUCAAGACCUUUGCAGGCCAUAUAAAAAAUAGAAGAAGGGAAAAACGUUGGUCAACAAGUGUACGAACCGACGAUCUAAGGGCCUCUUUUUCCAUGAGAUGGACAUCUUUUUUUAUAACUACGCGGAGCAAAAUGAAACGAGGCACGCUCAAAUGACUAUAAUAGCACAUAAAUCACUUGCUACAUAGCUCCUCCCAUCGCGUAGUUCGAGUCAUUCACAAGGAUCAUCCGAAUAAUGACAUGUGCAUCACCACAAUACAAAACAUUAGUAAAUGAAUGAGCCAGACACCAUCUCAGAGCAUCACGAAGGGCACAAUGCUCGAUAAGGAAAUGAUAAUAUAUGAGAGGAUAGAAACGCCCAAACACAAAGUUUAUAGAGAAACCAAUAAAUCCAUUGUCAACCCCUAUUUAAUUCUUGGUGCCGCCAUCAAAAUUAACUCUAAUGGGUAUGGAAAGAGGAACAACAUUCCGAGCGGAUGAGCCUCCAGCGGUAGGGAAAGUGUGUCUAGCAGCUUGGAGGGGAUGGCUUUGAGAUAAGAACCAUUCCACUACUUGGGCAUGAUAAUGGCGAGCCAGCAUAUUAGGGAGAUAUUGUAAGUGGUCAUACGUUUUGGUGCAUCUGCUUUUCCAAAUCCUCCAAAAGGGAAAUAUCAUGCAUGCAACCUCCACCUUUGAGAGACCUGCAUAAAAAAAAUCUAUGUCAAGCAAUAGCCACAUGACAGUCAUGAAUCAGAAUCAAAAUAAAAUAUGCUCGAAAAC